AUGUCAAGCGAUUUCCAAACAAGUGUUGCAACAUCAGCAGAUAUUAGGACAAAAGUCUUACGAAGCAUCUCUUCUACACUUGAAUCGAUGGGAAAAGACAUAAACAUGUUCCAUUUAAUAGAACAUGAUGUUUCUUUUGAUCAGAAUGAAACUGAAUCUAGGGAAAUAAAUGAUGAAUUUGCAGUUUUGAUACCAGAAGAAGAUCUUAUGGCUUCGAUGAGUCUUAAUCCUGAACAACAACAUGCAUAUGAAUCAAUUUUACAGAAAGUCCUUCUAAAUGAAUCUGCUGCAUUCUUCAUUGAUGGUCCUGGUGGAACAGGGAAAACAUUCUUAUAUAAAGCACUUCUCGCUACAGUGAGAUCAAGAAACUUAAUUGCUCUUGCAACUGCAUCGUCUGGUGUUGCUGCAUCUAUUUUACCUGGGGGUCGAACAGCACAUUCACGCUUCAAAAUUCCAUUAGAUCUUGACAAAAAUAGUACUUGUUGUGUAAGCAAACAAGGUGCUCUUGCCAAAUUGUUACGUCUUGCAAAGUUAAUCAUAUGGGAUGAAGCACCUAUGUCUAGAAAAGAAUGUAUGCAAGCAUUGGAUAAAAUGUUACGAGACAUAACUGAUUCAAGAUUACCAUUUGGUGGAAAAAUUAUCGUAUUCGGUGGAGAUUUUCGUCAAGUCUUACCUGUGAUUCGUAAAGGCACAAGACAAGAAGAAGUUAAUGCCAGUUUAGCAUCGUCAUAUUUGUGGUCCACUUUAACUAAGAUUAGUUUGAGUGAAAAUAUGCGAGCAAGAUUCGAUCCAAACUUCUCAAAUUAUUUACUUCAGGUCGGAAAUGGAACAACACCAAUCACAAUUGAGAAUAAGAUCAAAAUUCCCAGUGAAAUGCUCAUUCCUUACAAAAAUAAUGUGGAGUCUUUAGAUGAUCUGAUCGAUGCGGUCUUCUAG